UACCAUUAUAAUAUAUGAUUCUACCAAAGAAGGCAUGCAGUAGUAUCAGUAUAUACGAAGAUGCAGAUUACCACCAUGUGGUCAUUUUUUAUUCUUCUUACUGGCCUGCUUCUUAAAGAAACAGCACAAGUUUCAGGCUUUCAGCUAUAAGAAUAAGAUCACUACCAGCACUAAUAUCUUCAUCAAAGCCUGGCUGCCCAGAAAGAUGCGGCAACUUAACCAUUCCUUAUCCAUUUGGGAUAGGAAAAGGGCGUUACUUCGAUGAACAAUUCGAAGUGAGGUGCAAUAACAACACUGCUUUUAGUCGUGGUCUUAAUGAUAGAUCUGUGAAACACAUAUCCAUGGACACCAUCACGAUUGUUAUUCCUUUCAGUCCUUACCCCUACAACAAAUCAUCUGGAAAGAACAUUUACGGUGAUGAAUACAGCAUGGGAAAAUACAUCAAUGAGUAUUUCAGUGUUUCCAUCAAGAAUAAUUUAGUAGCCAUUGGGUGUGAUAUUUAUGCUUAUAUCAAAGAUUUAGACAACAGUAGUAGACGCCAAGACAAUAUUGUAAGUGGAUGUGCUUCUUUCUGCGACAGUGGUGGAGCUAAAGGUUCACUGCUCUAUGACUCCAGUAAUGCUUCAUAUUCAGCUUCAUCAACUUAUUGCACUGGGAAUCACGGUUGUUGUCUGUCUGCUUUUUCAAGAAUGCCAAGAAUUCUCUUUGCCUCCAUACAAACAAUGAACACGGAGAAAACAUCAUGGACAUCUAGCAAUUGCACCUAUUUAUUAGUUGUGGAAAAAGGCAUUGCUGAAUCUGAAUUCACUCAAUUACUUGGUAAGUGCAAAAAAGAUGAUUAUUAUAACGUCGGGCAGGCGGUGAACUGGGUAAUUGGCAAUGUUAGUUGCGACAAAGCCACCAGAACGCCAAAAUAUGCAUGCGGAAAGAACAGUAGGUGCGUUGAUGACACUACUAGACCUACUGAGGGAUAUCGAUGCAAUUGCUCUCCUGGUUAUCAAGGCAACCCUUACCUCCCUAAUGGAUGCCAAG